AUGGCACUCGAGAAGGACUUGGAGCGCAGUGUCGAAGUCGACACGCCUCCCAAUGGAGAAGUUUCCUGCAUUACCUAUGAGGCCGAUGGCCUUAGGCGGGACCUCAGUUCUCGCCACAUCAAUAUGAUUGCUAUUGCAGGAAUGAUUGGUACUGGCCUUUUCUUAGGCUCAGGGCAAGCAAUUGCAAUUGCAGGCCCAGCUGGGGCACUCUUGGCAUAUAUUGUAAUGGGAUUUGUCACUGCCGGGGUCUCAUAUACCACGGGAGAGAUUACCGCAUUCAUGCCCGGAACUGGUGGAUUCAUCCGACACGCAACCAAGUUCGUGGAACCAGCACUUGGCGCAGCCACAGGUUGGAAUUUCUGGUAUACCAUGGCCAUUACUGUACCUGCAGAGAUCAGCGCCGCUGCUACAGUAAUUCAGUUUUGGAAUUCGUCGGUAAACCCCGGUGUUUGGAUCACCGUCUUCUUAGUUUUUAUCGUCACGCUGAACCUUUGCGGUGUCCGUCUAUAUGGCGAGUCCGAAGUUAUUUUCGCAUCCUUGAAGAUCAUGCUCAUUCUUGGCCUCAUCAUUGGUGGCUUGGUCAUCGAUCUAGGAGGAGCACCCAAUCAUGACCGCUUAGGAUUCCGCUAUUGGAAACACCCAGGAGCGUUCAACGAGUAUAUAAAAACCGGAGCGGCAGGACACUUCCUAGCUUUUUGGAAAGUUAUGCUUACGGCAGCGUUUAGUUACGGCAAUAUUCAAGUGGUGGCCAUCUCUGGGUCGGAAACCCGUGCACCGAGGAAAAUCAUCCCAGCAGCGACAAAAAAGACAUUUUAUAGAGUCUUGUUAUUCUACGUCCUUAGCAUCUUCAUCGUUGGCCUCAUUGUUCCAUACAAUGACCCAUCUCUUGCCAUUUCUACGGGCACUGCUCAGCAAUCUCCCUUUGUUAUCGCAUUCCAGCGAUCCGGUGUAAAGGUUGUUCCAUCUAUUAUCAAUGCGGUUGUCUGUACAUCUGCCAUUAGCAGUGGUUCAGCUUGCAUCUUUAUCGCCUCGCGGACUCUUUAUGGCCUGAGUUGUGAUGGGCAUGCACCCCGAAUCUUUCAACGGUGCAAUCGGUUUGGAACACCAUAUUACGCCAUUGGGUUGACUUGUCUUUUGCUGCCGCUUGUUUACCUGAACGUUGCCAAUAACACGUCGGUGGUAUUCGGUUGGUUCGUCAAUAUUACGACCGUCUCAGGCCUGAUCGGCUGGGUAGUCAUCGAGGUUACAUAUCUACGAUUCUAUGCUGGCCUAAAAAAGCAAGGCUAUUCAAGAGAUUCGCUCCCAUACAAAAGCCCGCUGCAGCCAUAUGUCUCGUGGGCAACUGUGUUUGUGGUGAGCCUAGUCAUUCUCUUUUCAGGCUUCGAUGUAUUCGUCAAGGGGAAAUUUACAGCUGCCGGGUUUUUAACUUGUUAUCUUAACAUUGCAAUCUUCAUUGUUCUAUAUGCUUUCUUCAAGAUAUUCUUCAAGUCAAAAGUUAUCCCCACCUCGGAAAUUGACUUUGAGACCGAGUUCUCGUCAAUACGGCGAGAAAAAGAUGCUGAGGAGGCUACCCAGUAG